AUGGUGCGUGACUAUAUCAGUCAAAAAUGUCCCUGGAGAAAAGGGAAAAUCAUCGGAAGACGAGGAAAUGUGAUAUGGCUCGUCAAGGUCGGUAAAUUAACUUGGAGACGUCACACCAACCAAAUUCGGCGUCGAAAUAUUGAGUUGAAUCACGGUGAUUCACUUAAUAACGAUGGAUCGAUCGCGAACGAGGAUCAACAGUCAAUCGAACAAGGAUGCGAUGCGGACGAGGAUCAACAGUCAAUCGAUCUAUUCAAUGGACCGAACUUAUCCGAUGGCGAUGAUCAUCAAAGGACGGAAAUGGCGGAUAUCGGACGUGAUGGCGGCGACGUAGAGGUGCAAAGCAAUGGUCAUGCAGAAGUUCAUCAACAACUUCGUCGAUCAAAGCGUGCGACCAAACCCCCCAAUCGACUCAGUUAUUGA